CAAUGUCCAUUCAGUUUUCCUUUUUAAUCUCACCCUGAAAAGAUGUCUGUAAACAUUCAUCCAAUUGGAACAGGUUUGUUAUAACAUAGCAACAAAAAAUAUAUAACACAAUCUCCUCCCACUUUGCUCGUGUUGUGUUUUCUACAACCAAAAACCAGAUAAAGAAGGAAGUGUAAGGUGUAGAAAUAUAUAACAUGGUUGAAAAGUUGAGGCUUGCGUUAUCUGUGUUGGUCUCUCUUCUUCUCACAUCCUCAGUACAGUCACAGACAUGCAUGAACCACACCUUCACCGACAACAAGGUCUUCACCUCAUGCCGCGACCUUCCCCACUUAACCUCGUACCUCCACUGGACCUACGAGCAGGCCACAGCCAAGUUGGACAUGGCAUUCAGACACGCUGGAAUCAACGCUUCGGACAGGUGGGUUGCAUGGGCCAUCAAUCCCAACAACAACCUCAAUUCAGCUAUGGUUGGAGCACAGGCUCUGGUGGCUAUCUCAGAAUCCGGUGGUGCCCCAAGAGCAUACACUUCUUCCAUCCAAGGUUACUCAACCCAGUUGGCAGAGGGAAACAUUUCUUAUGCCAUCUCUGGUUUGAGAGCUACCCGUGAGAAUAGUGAGAUCACCAUCUAUGCCACCCUCACUCUUCCAAACGGUACCACCAAUUUGGUCCACCUUUGGCAAGAUGGUCCUCUGUCUGCUUCUACUCCUGCACAGCAUCAACUUGCUACUUCUAACCUCCAAGCCAAGGAAACCUUCGAUCUUCUCUAGUUCAAUGCAGCCAGGAUCAAGUGUGCUUAGAACAAGAACAAUAAAUUAAUGCAAAUAAAGAGAUACACCAAUACAUUUUGUUCCUUUCCUUCUGCGGAAGAACACGAUGAUACAUCCCUCGUGCAGCAAAGAAUCUAUAACCCAUGAGGAACUGGAUGUUUUUAAUUUUUUUCUUUUGUAUGAUUCAAUAUAAUAGUUACAUUUAUAAGCAUAAAUAAAUAACACUUGAUGUAUAUGUAUUCAUAGAUAUAUUGUAUAUAUUAUUGCUAUGUUUAAAUGUGAUAUUAA